CAAAGCAACAGUUGACAGUCAACUUUAUCGGUGAAUGUAUGUGUUUGUGAUGUUAGCGGUAUCGGUCGUCUUUCUAACAACAUUUUAACGUGUUUUAAAUAAGUUUUAUCAUUGUUUUAAUUACAUUUUAAUUCGUAUUGUUUCUCUCGUUACGUUGUGUCAAUUUUAUCUUUGUCCCUCGAGAUUGCAGACUGUUAAAAACUUGUUUUGUGUCUGAAGGAUACCGUGUGGAAUAAUUUUCAAAGGAUUAGUCCAUGCAGCCAGAAACGAACUAAAACUUUCCUGGUCCGACAAUUUCUUUGGCUAUCAAGCUAAAAUGGCAACUUCAAUAAAUGGAAAAGAUUAGCGAAGAGAGCAAUUAAAGAUGUCUGCAGCUGUUGGGACUCACUCGGGGGCCGGCCCUCUGAGUCUGAUGUCCUGCGUGCGCGAGUCAUCACCAUUGCAAGAUUUCGACUCCGACACAGAAAAAAGUGUGGCGUCGAAAAGAAGGUUUUGGAAUCCGAAGAAAUGGUUCCGAAGAAAAAACAAAAACAGCAAUGAUGAAGUCGUCGUUGUAGAAGUUACCGAAAUCGGAAAGGAUGCGCUGCGUAGCAGGUCUACCAGCGAACUUUCCGUCGCCGAGGAAGGGAGAAGAAGAUCGUCCUCUUCUAUGCACCCUGGCCUCAGCGUUUCCCACGACAGCGUUUUCCAUUCGCCAAACUCAGGUUCUGAUAUGGAACUGGAUGCUGCACAAAGUUCAUCAUCUCUGUCGAUAUCACAGCCUCACGUCGAUCUUAGAUUGCAGAGUGAAUUAAGUGAGAGAUUGAGACUAAGGCGAGGAGGACGAGGUGACACCAGCGAAGAUGACGAAGGUCUUCCGCAUAGCCCAUGCAACUCACCAACUGCCUCCGAUGGACUCCUUGUUGAAAAGACUGCAAAUAAAGAUCUCCCUACGAAAUCACAUAGUACCUGUAGCGAUGGAUCGUUACAGAGUAUGGGUAGUUAUGAUGAUGACGACUCCUUCGAACACGUGCAAACAAGACAUUCCUCGAAAUUAUCGUUGCAUGAUAAGAAAGAUUCGUACACAGAAUUCGGACCCGAUUCUACAACCUCACCUCUUAACCAUAGCGCAGCACACCAUAGAGUAUCGGUAAAGCCAAAAAGGACACACGGAGCGCCGAGAAGAAGACGAACGCAACAGCUUUCCACGGCACUACCAGUCACACCAGAAGUCAAUGAAGAUUCGUCAAUUAGAAGUACAUCACCAGAAGUACAUAAAAAAGAGUCCCUAAUCGAACUUUAUAGCAUGAGUUCAACAAUUCUAACAGAAACUCAACUAAAAUGUUCUUCUUUACCGCCUGGUCUUACUCCGCCAGGUUCCGCAGAUAGCAAGUUGAACCGAAGCAAGUCAAAUGCCGGGAGCAAAUCGCAAGACCUCUUCUCUCAGUUACCGGAGGACGCCAACGAAAAGGAAGAGAAGCUCUCCCUGUUCGACAGGAUAUUCCCGAGAAAGAGCGGAAGGAAGAAGAAGAAGGAGGGGAAGGAGAAAGCGGACGAGCAGGUUGUCGAGAGCUUCGAGCAAGCAAUAGAAACUUCCAGGCAAGAAACUGUGACAGACUCGGGAAAAUCAUACAUGGAAAGUUCUUCAGUAGUAACAAAGAAAGUAGAAACCAAGCCGAUACCAGCCCCACGUUCUGGGGCAGCUAUGAGACAGAGAGUGAUACCUAUGGAUAUAAGCGAAAAUGUGGACGAACCUAAGAGAGAGCCUCUUCUUCCAAAAUUAUCACCAGAGCCUACGAUUGAAGGUACUUCCCCAUUACAGGCUGAAUUGGAGAGUAUAUUUAAACAAAGACAGAUCUCCACGAGCCCAAUACCGUUUCCAAGAGUUGCAGAUACCUCGCCGUCGCCUAAAAGUCCUGUUUCCCCAAGACUACCAAGAAAUCUUCAAAGCCCCAACAUACCAACUGUGAUAUCCUCCAAAUAUGAUUACUCCCAAGUAUCAAGGCACUCUACCAACAUGAGAUUCACGGAAACAAAAGUCAAAAGCGACGAAACCAGACACAAACUAAAAAUGCCAGCUCUGUCUUCUUUGCAACAACGUGUCUUAUCUUUAAACGAAGAAGACAAUGAGAACAGCUUCAUGUCUUUGACUGAUCUUCAAACUGAGAACAAACCUUCCCGACCUAUCUCCAAGUCACACAGUUUUAAAGCUGUAAAACAUCAACCUUUCAGCCCUGAAAGAAACUACGAAGAUGUUAAAAAUAAAACAGCGAAUUUUCUGGACUUGGAAAAGAAAGAAGACAGUAAAAUUUCUUUUACCAAAGCUGCUUCCUUGGAUAGUGUAAAAAAUUUCGACGAGACAAUGCAUCUAUCCGAGGUCAAGAUAGAACUGAAGAAAAAACCUUUGAAUUUUAAGACUGAAGAAAAACAUGUAGAAGUUUCUUCUAGCCUGGGAGAUUCCUCUAUAACUAUUUCAGGGCCAAGUCACACAGCUGUUGUUAACGUCACCAGCAAUGUUGAUGACUACAAUAGUUUAUCGAAAAACCAAACUUCCGAACAAAUCGAUGGCUCUACUACUAUAUCCAUAAAAGAACAGCAGGUUUCGGUUACCAAGAUACAAGUCAAACGAGAAACUACUCAAGUAACUCAGAGUUCUAUUACAGUACCGGAGUUUAUGAACAAACAACUCAAUAAAGUUGAAAUCAAACCAUCUAGCAAUAUCGUAUUUUCAAUGAAAUCACCCAAACCAGCUGAAGAACAAAACAGACCUAAGACUUUAUUUACGUUUGAUGUAGAGACUGAUGUAACUGCCAAACCACCUACUCCUAGGAAAUUUAGCAAGGACAACGUUGAAAUUAUCGAGAAAGACGCAUCUUCGCCUAAAACUUCCCCAAUUAUAACGGUUAACUCUCCUAUUAGAUUGAAGAAAAGUGAUUCCAGGAAAUCUUCUAUUACUUCCAAUACUUCCAACAUAGAGUCACCUGUACGGGAGAGAGCUAUGUUUAAGAGUAAAUCUGCCAGCUUAGAUUCCUUGAAUGAUACUGACAAGUCAUCGCAAGAUAGUCUGGAUAAACUUGAAGCUAGAUAUAAAGAAAAGGACAGUCCUCUAAGUGAAACGGUCGUGCUACGUAGAAAAUCUGUAGCUACAAAGAAGAAUGAAGAGGAACCAGAACUAAUGAAAGUUUUUGCAAGGCGUUCCUUGAAGAUUAAAGACAGUGAUGUUGACGCUCUUCAAGAUUCUUUGAAAGACAUGAAAGCUAGAGAUAGCGAUAAAGAAAAUCAAAUGGAUUCUCCUGUAGAAGAACGAAAGAAAACAGAGAGCUUCGAGACUCAAGCCAUUGAGAUUAAGACCAAGAUUGAAGAGAAACUAGAAGUUAAGUCUCCAGUUAAAGAGCCUUCAGUUGACAACAAGACUUCCCCUGUAGUAUUAAGGAGGACUCUAAACAAUAAUGUAUUUUUGGGACAACGGGCUGUGACUAUCAAUCCCACGAAGAACUCCGAUUUAAUAAUCAAGAAGCAAAUGGGUUUCAGCGAACAUAGAAAGACCGACCAAUGGAUUUCUAAUAUUAAGAACGAAGAUGCAAACACGAAAGAAGACGAUUUACUAAGUAACAUUCCAUCAGGUGGGGAUUUUAUUAUGGAACCUAAGAACAACUUUAGUCAGAGAAAGGCGGAAUGGGAGAAGAGGGCGCAACAGGCACAGAAAAAGACUACCCCUUAAAUUGGGUACCUACCUACACGUGAAGCCACCACCCAUCUUCCAUUUUGUUAUAGUUAUGUUUGUUUUUAUUGUAAAUAUAUUUGUUUAUACAUAUGUAGCAGUCAACAUCACAAUUUUGUUGAAAAAUUGUCUUUUUUAUUGGUUAGUUGGUGCCAUUGUGAUAAAAACCAGCAUUUAUUAUGUGUAUCUUGUUUUAAAUGUAGAUAGAUAAGUGCCUUUUUACGGAGAAUUUUAUCUAGAUCCAAAAAGAUUGUUAAAUCACAGACAUGAUCAAAAAGGGGAGUUUCUUAAGCGAUCAAACGACAAAGACAGUGCACAUGUAUGUCAUCCCUUCUUAGUUUUAUCUUUUAAUACAAUUUGAACCAUACGUUGCUCCAAUAAGUAGUGCAGAAUCAAUAAAGAAUUGUACAAAUACUCAAAACAUAGCUUUGCAUACCCAAUUUUAUCAAAGUUAUGUUGAAAAAUACAAAGCCAAUAUUUGGAAAAAUCUUUUUACGUGGUAGGACGAAGAUUUAACACUUUCCUGACAGUCUACAGAUUUUUAUCCCGUAUUACCGUAUCUAUUAUGAUAUAAAGUGAUGAUCGUGCUAAUAACCGCAGAAUAACGCAAAAAAUGGAAAACAUAAUAGAUUGCGAAGUAAAGAGAGAUGCAACUAAUAGAGGUAGAAAUUAUCGGUAUAAACGUAUAAAUUAACAUUACAUUACACAGUUUCCCACCUUUAGACAUCUGUCACUAGAGUAUUUUAUAAAAUUUUCCUGUCACAGUGACAGUUGUCAUACUCCUUCGAUACGUCUAAAGAUGGGAAACUAUGUAAUGUAAUGUUAAUUUGUACGUUUAUAUCGAUUAUUUCCAACUCCACUAGUUUCAUUUCUUUUUAUCUCACAACUUAAUGUGUUUUCUAUCUUUUGCGUUAUUCUGCCGGUUAUUAGCUCGCUCAUCACUGUAUAAUCAUUUUAAACUGUCGGCUAUUUGGAUUAGUUCGAGAUUUAAAAAAAUAAGUUUCUAUUUUUUGUCAUGGUUUCAACAAGAGAAACGUUGAUUUCGAAAUAAACCAGAAGCACCGCGGCGGAUCCACCUAGGGGAUGGGAGAAUUUCCCCACCCCAACAAUAUCUAGCAUUAUAGAAAAACAAUGUUGAAAUGUAAACAAAAUUUGUAUCAAAAGUAUUCCGAUGGUGGGUGUUAACGGAAUCAAUUAAAAAUAAGUGUAAACAAUAUUUAUUUUAUUUUUGGUUAAAAAGCGUGCUUAUUCAUCUCGUAAGAGGGUUGUUUAUUGUUUUGGGGCAGCGAGGGUGCGUCUGAACUGCCUGCCUGCUGUGACGAUAAUGCAGAGACCACAACAAGGUCAUCAUUUUGUGGUUUUACAAUAUGGCUAGAAAAGGUAAUAAAUUACUACAUCUGGCGUUUUAAAAGCUCAGAACCUUUCUGUAGUUUUAAGAAACGUCUUCGAAUGCAUUUCCAAAGUGCGUUGACAUAAGGUCUGAUAAGGUAAUUCAUUUAUGGGGAAUUCAGUUUGUUAAACUGAACACACCAAAAACAUAUGGUUAGGGAUACAUUUCGUUUCGUAAAACUUUUUAGCAUCUGGUUUGUAUAUUAAAUGUGAAUUUUAUAUGACCGUUUUAAGAAAAGUUAUUAAAAAAAUAAAAUUAGCAAAAAUAGUAAUUAAAGCGUGUCGCCACAAAAGUAAUAAAAGAUAAUAAGAAGUUAUCUCUAAAACCAAAAAAAUAAAUAAAAUUAAAUAAAGAAAAAUGCAAUACUUUUUUCAUAGAUUUGCAUAAUGAUUAUGCAGUCUUGCUAUGAACAGAAAAUUGGAGUCUUUUCAAGACUUGGUCUCGUGGAACAUUUUUUGUUAUUUAAUUCGUUGUUUUUGACCUAUAGAAGCCUAAACAAGUUUUCAAAUUAUUUUUGAAAAAUUAAAAUUAGGUAAUUAGAUGUGCCUGGGGAUUUUUUAAAUCGGCUACAGAACUGGUAUUUUUUUAUUUACCCAAAAGUUUGUAGGAUCUAAAUGUGGGUCAUCUAAUAGGAUUUUUAGAUUUAAACAACGUUAUAAAUUUUCUUAAUUGCUAAAAAUUGUUUCAACCAUUAUCGUAUAAAAAACUAUUAAAACAAUAUCAAUUUUGCUUUUUAAAUAUAAACAAUUAUAUUAUCAAACUAAAAAAAAAAGUUUGUUUUACAUGAAAACAGCAUUUAAUUGAAGUUGAAUUUUAUAAAAAUUUGAACGAAAAUUUGGUUUUUGUAUGUAUUGUUAUGAUCUGCUUUCUAUUACUUUUAUUUUAAUUGAGUAUUUAUUUACUUAAUUAUUAAAUUGACGCAAAUCAUACAUAAACAAUUAAUAAAAAUUCUCAGGGUGCCUUUUUGUCAUAAAAAUUAACUAAAAUUAUCUUAGGUUAUACUUAUCCUUUCUCGUGGCUUCAGUAUCUGUUAGUUGAUCCUUAUCGGGAUAAAAUAGGAAAAGGAAAUAAAUAGAAAAAUCAUAAAUAAGCACAUACAAAUACCUUUAUUAUCAAAAGCAAUGCUCUGAAAAUCUAUCAAUUAAAUCCUGUGGGCAUAAUUUUCCAAAUGAAACUUUUACCAUAUAAUUAAUCUAAUUUAAACAAAUAUUUAUCGCUUUGUUCCUGAUACCAUUUAUAAAAUAAGCCAAAAAAAAAAACAAAUUUAGGUAUUUGCAAAACUACUUAUACUUCCUAUUAAAUUAAUGAAAUGUUGGAAUCUUAAUUCAUAUGAUUUUACGCAAAUAUUUUAACUUCUGAUUAUAAGGAACAUCUAUCACAUAAGUUAUUGACUGACCUUUUUGAUUCACACACAAUGAUGUCUCCUCUUGACCCACACAGCUCUUCCUUGUUGAUUAUGUUAGGCUACCAAUCAAAGCCCUCUCCGUUCUCAGCAUCAAUCCAGCAGCAUACCAGCAACUAUUUCUCCAAAACACAAGCCAGGCUGCUUUUGGCCAGUACUCGUUCAAUAAACUCCAAUACUCUCUCCUCUCUUUCUCUCAAUAAUAAUCUCCUGAGACCCAAGUAUCUUUUUUACUUGGUGUCACAAAUAAUUUUAAUAACUAUAGUUCUUGUAACUUACUCUCUUGGACUUUACAGAAUCAAAGAGGUUUUUCUUCUCAAUUUGAUUUGUCUCUCGUUCCACUUUUCAGCUACUCUCCACUAUUAAACAACCACUAGUACUUGCUUCUGAACUAUACGCGAAAACUUUCGACUGCUUCUCUCGGAUGCCGACCACACAAUAAUUUUUCUUUUCCAAACUGUCUCAACAUUCAAUCUUCCUUUUCCCCUUCUAAAUUGUCAAGCCAAUCAGAAACAUUUCUCUUUCCACAUUCCUCUUUUUCAUUCAAAAAAAACCCAGGCAUUCUUUCAAAUAAUACUUCUACUCAUCCUAAUCACUUUCCGGAAAUUAUACAAAUAUUCUGGUGCUUAAACAAAACAGACUUAAAAUUCCAAACAGCUGCAUGUGGAUCUUACCUUUCCCGUAACAAACAAUCUUUUUAAAUUAUAAUCCGAAAUAAAUUGUAUUUUCACUUCACUUUGUUUACAAAUGUCUUUAAGUCUUCAGGGAAAAACUCAUUAGGAUAGACCCACUGCGUAAAAGCUACCUUCUAUUAAAUAGUUACAAAUCAAUAUACAGGGUGUAUCAAAUUUAUGUGCCCGCGUUAUAAUUAAAAAAUUAAAAUUUUUACUCUAUCUUUGAUUGAUAAAGUGAUACAUAAUAAUAUAUAUUUGAAAAAAAACCCAAAAUAAAACAAAUUAGAUCUGCAGCCAUCUCAAAAUAAUAUACGCUUUUUCCUAAAAAAAAAAAUUUUUUUAGUUUAUUUACACUUUUUACACUAUUUACACUAGACACGGUUCUAUAAAAAAUACACAAAUUUUGUAAAAGACUGAACUAUGCGUGUUAAUUUUUUGAAAUUUUUAAAUCGAUUGCAACCCACGAAAAAAAAAUAAAUAAAAAUAAAAAUGACGGUUUUGGUGUCAGAGGAGGGAGUGGCGUGCUAAAAUUACGCAGAGUCUUAUUUUUUAACCACAAAAUGUAAAAAAAUAAAAAACAAAAACCGUGUUUCAAACAAAUUUUUCGGAACAUUUCUAAAAAAAUCUAAUGCUCGACUCACUAUUAUAACCGACUUAACUAUUAUUAUGUAGAUCCCAACUGGACUUUCUUAUUAUUCUUUAUUAUCUUAAAUGGUUAUGAAAGUAGCAACUUAAAGAAAAUAAAACAAAAAAAAAAACUGUAAACGUCCACCUCGCAUCUCCUACCACACGACAAUUUUUUAUAUAUUCUGUACAACUUAUUGGAUUAACAUAUAGUUUUCCUUUUUGGUAGUUCUGUGAUGUGCAAGAAUGUUGACCAAUAUUUGUGAAGAGCCUUGAUGGUGGUGCUUGAGAGAGAAACGAUAUAUUUGUCAGAUUAUUGAAUUUAAUACGUUAAAGUAUCGCAGAAAGCAUGUAAAGUUGGAUACUGUUUAAAAUGAUAUUGAAUUAAUGUUGUUCUUGUAUAAUAAAACAUAGAUAUUGAUAUUUAUAA